AUGUACAUAUACACACAUACAGACACACAGACACAUGUACAUACAUACACAGACACAUGUACACACAGACAGAUGUACGUACAUACACACAAACACACACACACAGACACAUGUACACAGACACAUGUACGCACACACAUACAUGUGCAUACAGGCAUGACGCAUGUACAGAUACACACAUGUACAUACACACAGACAAAUGUACAUGCAUACACAGACACACACACACACCACUAUAAAAAGUUGCAGUACUUUGUUGUUCACUCACAGAGCCGGGUACUGCACUCUAGGGGGAGGCAGAGAGCACAGCACACACUCCUUCCUUUGCUUUCACUGCGCUCAGCUAUUGAGCAGUCUGAUGGCUCCCAGUGCCAAUGACAGAUCCAGCCUGAGCUCCGAGCCUGCUCAGCAAGAUGGCCCUGGGGGACACACUCGCCCCCACCAUAAUUUCCACUCGCCAUUGGCGAGCAGGCGAGUGGAAAUUUUCAAGGCCUGAUAUA